AUGACUCAGCAUAGACUCAGCACUACCCAGUGCCCAAGCAAAACUGAACUGAAAAAUCUAACACUUGCCUCAGAAUUCUAUCUCAUGGCACUGUCAGAGGACCCAGACCUGCAGCCCGUCCUCUUUGGACUGUUCUUGUCCAUGUACCUGGUUGCAGUGCUUGGGAACCUGCUCAUCAUCCUGGCCAUCAGCUCUGACUCCCGCCUCCACACCCCCAUGUACCUCUUCCUCGCCAACCUGUCCUUGGCUGACAUCGGUUUCGUCUCCACCACGGUCCCAAACAUGAUUGUGGGCAUCCAGACUCAGAGCAGAGUCACCUCCUAUGUAGGCUGCCUGACACAGAUGUCUUUUUUUCUCAUUUUUGGGUGCAUGGAUGAUAUGCUUCUGACUGUGAUGGCCUAUGACCGCUUUGUGGCCAUCUGUCACCCCCUGCAUUACCAAGUCAUCAUGAAUCCUCGCCUCUGUGGCUUUUUAGUUCUGGUGUCUCUUUUGCUUAGCCUUUUGGAAUCCCAGCUCCACAAUUUAAUUGCCUUAUACUUCACCUACUUCAAAGAUGUGGAAAUUGCUAAUUUCUUCUGUCAACCUUCUCAGAUCCUUAGUCUUAUCUGUUUUGAUACCUUUACCAAAAAUAUCGUCAUGUAUACUGUUGGUGCCAUCUAUGGCUUUCUUCCUGUCUUAGGGAUCUUUUUCUCUUAUUAUAAAAUUGUUUCCUCCAUUCUGAGGAUCCCAUCCUCAGGUGGGAAGUACAAAGCCUUCUCCACCUGUGGGUCUCACCUGGCAGUUGUUGGCUUAUUUUAUGGAACUGCCAUUGGAGUGUACCUUGCUUCAGCUGUAUCAGACUCUCCUAGAAAGAUUGCUGUGUUCUCCAUGAUGUACACUGUGGUGACCCCCAUGCUGAACCCCUUCAUCUACAGCCUGAGGAACAAGGACAUUAAAACUGCCCUCAUGAAGCUACAGAGCAGGCCAUUCUAG